CGAAAGAAUGACCACAUUCCCUGAGCACUUUUCCCUCCUCUGCCACAAGUACACAACGUCAUAGCAAUGUCAAGACGAGUUUGUUUGGGAUUUAAAUUAAGAUGUGUUUCAUAUCUGUGCAUUUCUUGUAUAUUAACCGUGAUGAUUUUAUUAACAAUUUAUGUCAAUAAUUCUCCAAACAACCGAGAAAUAUUAUCUGGAAAUCUUAUAGAAGAAAAAUCGUCAAGCAUUGAUGUUUUCGUUGUAGAAGAACACCAUGAAGUUAUUCCGUAUUGGUUCGGGAACAGCGCUGGAAAUUUAAAAGAGAAAAAAGGCUUAACUCUGAUCCACAUUGACGGACACAGUGACAUGGCACUGCCGCAGUAUUUCAGGAAACUUCCGUUUCUUCGAUGGCCAAAGAAUAGAAAAGAAUUAGAUUACUACAUGCAAGAAAACGACAUGUUCAUCUUGUCGGCAGUCCUAUCUGGCAUGUUUAGUAAGGUGGUGUGGGUGUGGCCGCGAUGGGAUCAGGAAAACCACGAAAACAGUUCACAUGACGUAUACCUUGCGAAGAUAGGAUGGUUAAUGGUAGAUACUUCAAUCCCAAAAAUGAAGCGUAAGGCCCUCUGUGUCUGUUACCAAAGUUUAAAUAGCAACCGAACGUCAACUAAAAGUGAUAAGAAGGUCGAUUGUCGGCGUCUACCGACAUCUUUGGAAGAUGACGACGACUUUGAUGAGGGAGUUGAAAUAGAUCCCAAGACAUGUAGAACAGAAAUAACGUUUUCGUACGAAGAAGUAAGAGAGGAUCUGGCGGCAGACAUUUUUAGGCGGGAAGCAAAUAAAUAUAAAGAAAAUGGAGUCAUUCUUGAUAUCGACGAGGACUUUUUUGCCUGCACAUAUGCUUCACGGCCUCUGCUUAACGCUGGCCUCACAGAGAAGGAAUUGGAGUCCAUUAAUGACAUUGUCAGUGGCACAUUUUGUCCAAACAACGCAAAGGAAGAAACAGAAGCAGAUAGGGUUCUCACAGAGCUGCUAGAUGACAUCAUGUCUUCUGGUUGUUUUGGAAAAGAAAUACAGGGAGGCGGGGCUUGUCAGAAUAAAGAGGCAUCAAUUCGUGAUAAAUGCCUACAUAUACUUAACAAUAAGAAGGAACAUUUGAUGUGCGAUAAGAGUUUUUACAAGGGCUGGAAUAAAGAGAAACAGCUUAAAAUGCUUGUACACCUUAUCAUGGGGAUGGCAAAGGCGCAGAUAUUGGCUAUUAAAUAUGUUGGAUUUUGUUUUACAACAAUAAAAUCACGAGGAUUAGAUGUGACGAAAUCAUCGGAAUUCUAUUUGUGUAUGGGAGCAAACUCUCCAAAUAACUCCAUGGUCAUCGAACAUACAACUACGUUAUUAGAAAUAAACCAACGCACCGAGGACCUACAAGACAUAUUUGCUGCAUUAAAGCCCCGUCUUGUACCGUCUAUGAUAACUCUUUGUCGAUCCUCACGUGAUGGGUAUGUUCCCAGAGAACUUCAAAAUCACAUAGAAAACAGUAUUAUUAAAAGCCUGGCGUCAUCAUUUCCUACAAAAUUAAAUUACGAUGUUGAACUUUUAGGUGGCAAAGACGGAUGGUUAAAAUCAAGAAACAUAUUAUAAAUUAAAUGUAUUUAUAUUUCA